UACUAAAAGGACCUGGGACUGCAACAUGUGUAGAUGGACAGUGGAGUCCCGAACGUCUCCCAACAUGUGAGGAACACUCGACAUACAGGGACAAGAGAUCUGUUUACACUGCACCCAAGAGAGAGCUCUUCAGACCAGAGGUGAAAGUUGAAGAGAUCCAAGGAACGCAUCUCAUGGAGGAAAACUUAACUCUCUAUGUCUUCCCUGGUGCCAAUAUAACACUUGACUGUCUGUAUCUUAGAGAAUUUGGAACUCCCGUCUGGAAAAAGGGCGAUUUGAUGGCCGAGAGUGGGUAUGCGAUGUCACAUGCACAUAUACCACACCACGUUCAGUCUCACGAUGUUUUAUUCAACGAGGUGCGAAAUGCGAAUGGGCCUGAUGACAAUUUCCUUUACGAGAGCUCAAUUCAGACGUCUUCAGAGAUAGAAAUACCCGGAGAAUGGCAGAAAUCUGGUUCUCAGUACAGACUUUAUUUGACCUCUGUUGGCGAAGCAGAUGUGGGAAGAUAUCGAUGUUACAACCCUUUUAUCCACAGCACUGCUAACUUUGUGGAUGUUGUCGUGAAAGAAGUAUAUUGUGAAGACCCUUUGGUGGCACCAAACGUCAUUAAACAAGGUACGGACUAUUCUAUGGGUUCCAUUAUCACAUACCGUUGCCAUGGAUGGAGGGCAAACAGGGCAUCUAUGCAAGUCCAAUGUCUGUCCACUGGGAAAUGGUCUGCACAACCGCCCUCAUGUACGUCACUGUCACUUGACAUAGAUGAACAACUUUAACUGUGUUACACUAUUGUUGUACAUAUUGCAAUGACCGUUUACUACUAUAAAAGUAACUAAAUGUAAUAUAAUUCCUCCAAGACCUUAAAUGAUUCGAGGUUCUUCAUAAUCAAUGAUCUCACUACAGCGCAACAGUCGGCUCUUUUGCCUCCGUGGCGUAGAUCUCCAGAUGCUGCAAAUUGGAUAUUGCAAUCACAAAACAAGAACCAAGAUUCUACUUGACUUUUAUUUUGAAGUUGUAUCUUCUCAAACUACAUAAAAUAUGGAUGGACACUUUCAACAACAAAUGAUUGAACUAUAUAGCUAGUUACAUUAUUAGUGCAACCAAUAAAAUAGCUGAUUUACGGCUUGGCUUACGACUGGCCAGGGCAUGGAAAGAAGGCACUAACUAAAAGAAGACAGUGCCUUUGGUGGAUCUGAAACAGCUUGAGGCUUAAAGCUUGAAACAGCUGAUGAGUCAGAACCUGUCCAGUCUCAACGAUUCUAUAACGUUGAUCGAAUUGGUGAAUGUAUACAGGAUGCCCAUAAAGCUUCUUCAUAAUCACAAUACAAGUCUGUGUAAAGUGUUAAAGCCCUGUAUACCUUACGUUAUGAUUUCUUAACCCGGGUUUCUUAAAAGCGAAGAUGUAGCCUACACAUUAGUAUAUUUUUAACGUAUCUUACUCUGUGAUACGAAAUGGGACCCCACUAUC